GCCACUGGCAUCCGCUAGCAUGAGCUAUCAACAGAAUGGCUCCUCAGCCGUCACCCUUUGGUGUUUUGAAAGUCAAGAGGAAGCGAGUAUUUCGCCAGCUGAGGCGAUUGCUCAAGGUGCGAGUAUGGAGGAGCUACACUUUCAGAGAAGUUGCCGUGCUCGUUGUCCUGCUUUGCGCUCUUGGAGGCCUUUUCCUAGGCAGCCACCUUUUUCAGUGGAGGAAGGCGCCCCUGAUCGUGCAUAGUGAGCUAUGGGAAGACAGAGUGGCGGCAGGGGGGUCGGUAGUGGCUACUGAGCAGACGCUAUGGCAGGACCCACCCAAUCCUGAGGGCUGGGCAGCUUGCACACGUCCCAUUGAGCCCUACCACCGAUUGGAGAGAAUGCUCAUUGGGGAGAUGGUCAUUGGCAAGUCUGGCUUUCUGCAAGUCUUUCUUGAGGGGGGCCUGAAUCAGCAACGCAUUGGGAUAAGCAACGCUGUGGUUGUGGCGCGGUUGCUGAACGCAGUCCUUGUGUUACCGGAGCUGGACAUCAACCCCGUCUGGAACGACGAUAGCUCCUUUGGCGAGAUCUUUGACGUCACCCACUUCAUCACCACUCUUUCUGACGACGUCCACGUCAUCACGUCCCCCCCCUGGGGCCUCCACUGGAACACCCGCGAGUACUUCGCCACCGGCAUCCGGCCUAACCGGGUCAAGGACGCCCCGCUGCACGCGCCGCCCGAGUGGUACAAAGACAACGUGCUGCCGCUGCUCAAAGAGUACGGCAUCGUGGCUAUCGCGCCCUUCUCCCACCGCCUCGCAUUCGACGGCCUAGACGCUAACCUGCAAAAGCUGCGCUGCCGCGCCAAUUUCGAGGCGCUCCGCUUCAUUAAGCCCAUUCGCCAGCUAGGAGAUGAGAUUGUGCAACGAAUGCAGAGCGACCGUUCAGGCCCGGAAGCGCCCGCGGGGGAUCCCCCCGGGAAAGCCCGGUUCCUGGCGCUCCACCUGCGGUUCGAUAAGGACAUGGCAGCGCAUUCGGCGUGCUACUUCGGGGGGGGGUGGCGGGAGCGGAGAGAGCUCAGGCGGUAUCGAGAGUAUGCGUGGCAGGGGCGAGUCGAGAAGGUUCAGCACUCGGAAGAGGAGCUGCGGCGAACCGGGAAGUGCCCGAUGACGCCAGAAGAGACAGGGCUCUUUUUGGCCGGGGUUGGCUUCUCGCCCGACACCAGGAUAUACCUGGCGUCGUACGACGUGUAUGGCGGCGAGGCGCGGCUGGCCCCGUUGCGGACGCUCUUUCCGCACGUCCGUGACAAGUACGCUCUGGCGUCCGCAGCCGAGCUGGCAUGGUUCGAGGGGCAUGCAUCGCGCCUCGCAGCGCUCGACUACCACGUGCUGCUUCAAGCUGACGUCAUGGUGUCUGCAGCGGCAGGCAACAUGCACAACGUGCUGGGCGGCCAUCGGAUGUUCCUCGGACCAAAGAAAACAAUCAAUCCGGACAAUGUGUUGCUCGCUCAGCUGUGGUCCAACUCAAGCAUUGGGUGGAAAGAGUUCUCUGAGCGAGUGCACAAAGGGCACGCGUCCCGAGUUGGGCAAGUAAAAUUGAGAAAAAAGGGACAGUCUAUCUACACCUAUCCAGGACCAGAUUGCAUGUGCUCGCCUGAAACAAAUGAAACUUAUCGGACUUGAUGCUGUCAAAAGUGGACCUAUACAAGUCAGUCAAG